UCCUGACAGCUCCUUAUAGAAACGCUGUCUGCCUGCAGUGACCAUCACUCGACACGUUACACCUGUGGAAACUGAAAAAGCUGUGGAGAUGAAUGCCAUCUUGUGCUUAGCCCUGGGACUUCUGGCGACAGCCACUCUGUGCCAUGGUCAGUGUAUGACAGCGCCACUCAGGCCUGAUCCAGCUACUGGUAAACUGCCCAAAGGCUGCCGUGAUGAUAAAGGUGUUUUACACCCCUUUGGUUCUAGAUGGAACAGCAAAGACUGCUAUGAUUGUAGCUGUGACAGGAGUGGAGCACAUUGCUGCAAUCUAGUUCCAACUUAUUUUGGUCUCCCCGAAUCCUGUAAAGUUGUGGUGAACAAGGACUGCACCCACAAGCUGGUGAACACGAAGGGGCCUGACAGCGACUGUGUCCCACAGAGUGCUGUCAUUUAGUAUGCCACUCUUUUCUAAGAAAAUCUCCAGCCAACAUUUGGAAUGUUUUUUUUUUUUAGUUUUUCCUGUGCUUCAUUUUUCAAGGCUUCUUCUUUGAUAACGAAAGAAAACAUGUCAAUCCAUAUUUCACAAAUUCACUGUGUGUAUGAGUAUUUGCUGACUUUUCCAAAAAUAAAAACUGUUAUGCUCUGCUCUCAG